UUGGCCUUGAGCAGAGCUGCAGAGAUCUGCCUAGGCAGUUCUAGAUAAAGGCAAAAACGAGGCUGGAAGUGGCUCUGGCUGUGGCCUUCGUGGAGACACAGCCUCCCUGGAGGCCAAGGGUUUCUCUGCGUCCUACCUCGCUGCAGGGGCAGAUGGCCUUCCUGUCAAGGUUUCCCUUCUGAGGAGAAGAGGCCAGGACAAUCUAUUUUCAGUUUCCAUUGGACUUAGGGAGGGCAGUUCUGAGGGAGUGGUGUCCUGGGUCAUUGUGGUCACGCUUACCUGUUACCACGUCCAGUAUGUGGCCUAAGGGUGCACCCCCCCCCAAUAAGGUGCUUAAAAGUGUUACUGCCCAGGUGGUGAGUGAGUGGGGAGGGCAGGGUUCCUCCCACCUGCUGCACAGUGCACACUCGGUUCUGUUGAAUGGUUGUGGAAUGUAUGGGUGGCCUCUGAGGAGGCUUCUCUCUUCCCAGCCCCUCCAGGGAUAGAAUCUCAGGUGUGGGGGGGUGCUGAGGAGAAUCAUGGCCUUGCAGCUACUCCUUGACUGUGGCCUGAUGGGAGCGGGGGUCUCCUGGAAUCCUCCCACUGUGAUAGAAUUGCCCUUCAGUAGCCUGAGGUUCAGGGUCUGACACCCUUGGGCUCUGCCAAUUAAAAAUCUGUCUGAUCUCGUAUGGCUUGCAUCACACACACACAUGCAUGCACGCACACACACACACACAGUGAUUAUUUCCUACUGUGGGAAAGGGAGCUGAACUCAGGCUCUAGCCAAGGCGGCCGUGCCACAGCUCAGUUGAAGGGCGGCCUACACUCAGAUCUGGAAGCAGAAUGCUUUUGCACAGUCAAAACGGAAACACUCAACAGCUGUCCCCAGUACCCAGCACCUUGCUAUUUAUUCCCAAGCUCUCCCUCCACCCUCUCGGGACUCCCUGCAGCCCCCAGAUACGGAGGGAGAUGACAGAAGGCCAGCCCCCCCAAUCCCAAGACUCUUCUUUGAAUAAAAUAGACAGCCCAGAGACAGCGUCCGCCCUGCUCAUUGUUUGGUCUCGGGCAACAGACUCAAUUCUCCUCAGCGCAGGAAGUUUCUCUCCUCCUCCAUCCGCUGUCACGGCCCCUUAUCUGCAGUCCAGCUAUGAAAGGGCAUUUCGACAGCCCGGGUGUUAUCUGGCGGAAAGACUUUUCCUCGGUUGACUCCCAGAUAAGACGUCUUAUCUAAUCCCACGUCAGGGAUGGUGCCUGAGCUCCGUAAUCACUGAGGCUUGCAACACUGUCCCUCCCACCCCCAGCCCCCUUUAUUAUUAAAGUCACAAAAGGCCUUGAGCUUAUAAACAGUGCGAUUUGCAGACAGUGUGGCUCUCCAGAUGGUCCCCGGCUGGGCCGGACUGUGAUGAUUCCGUUCUGGGGGGGCCGCGGGACCAGCCAUCUGCAGAUGGGAUGGGGCUGGGCAAGGAGGAGGCAGACUGGAAAUCACAGGAGAGGUGUGAGUGUUUUACGUGCCCAAUAGAGCCCUAUUCUUGCCUUGCUGUGUGACCUUGAAAAGGACCCUUGAUGUCUCUGGGCUUCUCAUACAUUUCAUCUCACAGCUAAUUCAUUAGAGGCCUUGUUUUUCGUUUUGUUUUGUUUUGUUUUAAUUUGUAUCUGUAUGCCUGGGUGAGUGUAUGCAUACAUGUACACAUGCCCGUUAAGGCCAGAGGGAGGGUGUGAUAUCUCCCGGUACUGGAGUUAUGUGGGUGCUAGGAAUUGAACUCAGAUCCUCUUUAAGAGCAACAAUCCCAGGCACUGGCCCUUCCAGAGGUCCUGAGUUCAAUUCCCAGCAACCACAUGGUGGCUCACAAUCAUCUGUAAUUGGAUCCGAUGCCCUCUUCUGGUGUGUCUGAAAACAAACAUACAUAAAAUAAAUUUUAAAAAAUCUUUAAAAAAGGGGGGGGGGCCAGCAGUCACUCUUAGCUGCUGCGCUGGCUCCCAAUGUCUGCCUUUUAAGUGAUGUCUGCAGAGAUAGUGGGAGAUAAGACAUGGCCCUCAGCCCUUAGAAACUUACGUACAGUCCAGUAGAGACAGACAGACAGACAGACAGACAGACAGACAUGAAGCUGGCAUUACAGCUUGGUGUGAUUGGUGUUGUGGCAACGAGGGACACCCGGCGGAGAGGCCAGCCCUGAACUCAGAUGGUUUGGGUGGCAGCGCCCCAGGCAGAGGACACAGCAGGUGCCAUGAUCUGGAGGUCUGAGGCAGUUAGUCAGGAGGAGGGCCUUGAGGAGGGAGCCCUGGGAGACUGGGCAGCCCAGGGAAAGACGUUUAAAGACCAAAGCGUUGGUGUGAUGUGGAAACUUGGGCAUAUUGCGCUCCCUUGUAAUACUUGGCUGGCCCCUGCCCCCAUCCCCACAGUUCCCACAGUUCCCACAGUAGGGCACAGGGUUUGGGAAGAAGGGAGAGAGAUCUGGGAGACCUGAGGAAGCAGAUGAGAAGCUCCCCACUCCUCCUCCAAGUGAAGAUGAUGUCACUGUGGGUCAGGCAGCCUGGUCCUCCAGAGGUGAGAACUGGCAGGAGCUACCCUGAGAAGCUGGGGUAGUCAGGUCCUUCCAGGACUAGAUGCCACACUGGCCUAAGCUCGCUCUGGGGGCUCUGUGGUUGCUCCCAGACUGCUUGGGCAUUCAAUCACCAGAGGCUGGAGGUCCCUGGGAUGCAGCUGGGGUCUGAAAAGCCACCAGUAUAGGCGUGCUGCCCUCAUUCAUCAGCUGCAGCCCAUCCUGUCCUCAGCUACAAGUGUGUCGGGAUGGCCGGCCUACCAGGAUCCCUCAUCCUGGAGCAAGCCUGGGACCCUCCUGCACCCAGUGAGAGGUUGGGUCAGGACUCAGUUUUAUGCCUGGGGGCACCAGAAGAAUCAUGGAGUGGCUUUAAAAAGUCAGAGUAUUGCCCGACCUGUACAGGGACUGGGGGAGACUGCUCCAUCCUUCCUCCUCCUAGCCAAAUAAGCCUGCCUUGAGGAAGUCAGCACUUGGGGGAGUCUCUGGGUCUGCUGUCUUCAGUCAGCAUUGCCUGUGAAGAAGGGCCUGGGUGGGGUUCGCACAUCAGGAUGGCAGGAAACCUCAUGGAGAGACGUAGGCGGGGUCCAGGCAGAUAACACCAGCCUUGGGUGUGCCAGUCCCGUGUCCCCGUGGACUGUCACCAUGGACAUUUCAGGGACCCCCACCCACCCACGUGACAGAGUGUGACACCGGUUUACACUGCAUGUGCACAAGUGUGUGCCUACAAAGUGUGAGGAAGCCCAGCACCCUCACCUUGGUAGGGUGGACCAUGGCCUGGAGGAUGUGGCGUAUGCUGGUGGUGCCCCAGCAGGCCUGUUUCUGCCCCAUGACACCAUCCAGGGUCCCCGAAAAGCCGUGAUGCUUUCUGCAAUCAGGGUCUUUCAUCUGAAUGUGAGCCCCACUUCACUCCCUCCCCGAGCGGUGUCGUUUCUGCCUGAUCGUAAUGGCAUAUUUUAAAAUUACCAGAAAUCAAAGCUGGGAAGUGGGUAGCUGUUGCUGCUUUUAUUGCCUCGCUGUGUUAAGACUGGAGCCUGGGGGAGGGGAAGAGCACCCCCUCCCCCAUAGCCAUCCAUCCCCCACUUCCUCUCUCUUUCUCUCUCUCUCCCUCUCUCUCUCUCUUUUUUUUUAGACAGUAAUAGGAGAAAAUUGGUUUUGAAACUGAAUAAAAGUCCCUUUCAGAGGAAGCCUUUACUCUCGGGUACCUUUGCUGAAAGUAAAAUAGAGCGUAAUGAAAGGUGGUUACGUGGUUGUCUUUCAUUUACGGAGAGGCCAGGACAGACGGGAGGCUGCCACCGUCUCGGGGAAAUACAAGAUUGGAAUAAUUGCGCGGUAACAAGGAGCUUGUUGUGAAAUUAGUAUCUUAAGAAAGCGGUGAAAAAAGGUUUUUCCUCAUGAAUACUUCAUUAUUAGAAGCGGCAGAAUCCUGGGCUUCAGACACCUGUUUAGUAUUAAAUACCUUCCCCCUCUUCCCUUAAACACCACCCCCUCCUCCUUCUAACCAGCUCAGGAUGGAGGCAACCCAGGCUGGCUGCCAGGGACAGGGGUGGCGGUAGGGAGGAGCCCUUCUCUGAGGCAGGCAGAGAACAGGGGGAACCUGACUCCCUUAUCCUCCACAGUGGCCUCCAAGGCUGGCUUGUACUGAAACCAGUGCUCAGGAAGAUGGGCUCUAUGGGGACACACGGGCUUCCUGUGCCCCCCUAUCCCUGGUGUCUGGCGUAGGGAGAUGAACACAAAGUAGGCUAUGAGAAGCCCAUCUGGGCUGCCACCUAAGGGCUUCUGUGGUUGACUCUGGCCGUACCCUUCCUUUUCGGGGUGAGCACAGUCAGAGUGGAGCACCCCAAAACUCCCCAGCAUACCAUCCUGACAUCUCUUCUCCAGGAGUACUGCGAGAACACCCCCAAACGGGUACCAGACCAGCACUUAUGUUAAAGGACACUGUACCCACCAGCACUACCUGGAUACUCCUGUAUGGACACCCAAAAUGACCAAAUGGGUCCCUCUCCCAUUUGUGCUCCCAUAUUUGCUGAUGUAUUAUGGGACUAUGAGAGAGCUGAGGUCCACCACCAGGCAAAGAAGAUCUUGAAUUAGGGCACAGAGCAGUGACCCAUAUGCUGAGCUAGCCAAGGGCACACGAGGCUUAUGAGUUCUGGCCAUGCUGUGAUGGAGGGCCACCCCCUGAGGCCUGGUUCCUUCCUGUGAUGCCUCUGGGGCACCUCUGGAAGCCAUAGUUUCCUCAUCUGAAAGAGAUGGGAUGUCUGGCCCAGAGCCAGGCACAGUGGCACAUCCCUCUGAUCCCAGCACCUGGGAGGCCAGCCUGGUCUGCAAAGAGACAUGCCUCAGAAACGACGAAUCUGACGUUCCUUGGGGUGCUGGGGAGGACAGGAGGUUGCUCAGAGCAGCCCCCGUGAGUGACCAAUGCCUCAUGUUUCUCUUCAAAGGAAUCCUGCUGCAGAGCGUGCCCCACCCGGGGCUCCCAGCUCAGCCAUGCUGGCCUGUCUGCAGAGGACGCAGAACCCACCCGGCCAGCACCUGACCUGUCCAAGCAAGAGCCUGGAGCUGCGCAAGUUUGGUGGCUCAUUGGAUACUCAAGAUAAACUCGGAACGAAAGCAUAACGCAGAGGGCAAAUGAGUUUUCGCACCGCAAUGGCAGACGCUUGCCUGGAAAGAGAGUUUAAGGGGGUUUCAUUUUCUCCCCUCCCGGCAGCUGCUUUUGCUGAGUCUGGCGAGUCAGUGGCCAGCUCUAUGCCUUCCUCCCGCUACCCAAGCCCAGCCGAGCUGGACGCGUAUGCCGAGAAGGUGGCCAACAGCCCCCUGUCCAUCAAGAUCUUCCCCACCAACAUCCGAGUGCCGCAGCACAAGCACUUGAGCCGCACAGUCAACGGCUAUGACACCAGCGGCCAGCGUUAUAACCCCUACCCUCAGCACACCACUGGCUACCAGGGCCUGCUGGCCAUCGUCAAGGCUGCGGUCUCCUCGACUGCCGCCACGCCUGCCGGGCACACCAAGAGCGUGCUCAAGAGCGUGGAGGGCAAGCGGACCAAACUGUCACCGGCCACUGUGCAGGUGGGCAUUGCACCCUACCCAGUGCCUAGCACCCUGGGGCCCUUGGCCUACCCGAAGCCACCCGAGGCACCUGCACCACCGCCUAACCUGCCUGCGGCAGCCACUGCCACCUCUGUGAUCCCUCUGCCGGGCCGGGGCCUGCCCCUGCCCCCCUCAAACCUACCCUCCAUCCAUAGCAUCCUAUACCAGCUCAACCAGCAGUGCCAGGCCCCAGGUGUCGCACCAAGCGCCUGUCAGGGCGUGGCCGUGCCCCACCCCAGUCCAGCCAAGCACGGCCCGGUGCCUAGUUUUCCUAGAGUGGCUUACUCGGCCACAGCCGGUCUGCCAGACUGCCGGAAGGGCACAGAACUGAGCCAAGGAGCCACACCAGCCCUGACACUGGCUGGGGCCACCAAACCUGCAGGGUACUCGGAAGGCGGCCUGGAUUACCUGCUGUGGCCACAGAAGCCACCCCCGCCCCCACCCCAGCCGCUGCGGGCCUACGGUAGCAGCAGCACCGUCGCCAGCAAGUCCCCAGAGACUUGCAGCGGGAGGGCAUUCGAGAGGGCCAACGGGUCGCCCCACAACUGUGGCAUGGGGCUGCCCGGCGGCUUCACCGUGGGCCAGUACUUCGCCGCCCCUUGGAACAGUGUUCUGGUGACGCCUACUAGUGACUGUUACAAUGCAGCCGCUGCCGCCGUAGUGACAGAGCUGGGGCCAGGAGCUGCCCGGGAGCUAGCCGGGCCUCCUGUUGACACGCUCUCAGGCCUGACCAGCAAGAGCGUGUGUAACACAGCGGUACUGAGCAGCAGUCUCCAGUCGCUGGAGUAUCUCAUCAACGACAUCCGGCCACCCUGCAUCAAGGAACAGAUGCUAGGCAAGGGCUACGAGACGGUGGCCGUGCCCAGGCUGCUGGACCACCAGCACGCCCACAUCCGCCUACCUGUCUACAGAUAAGGUCUGCCCUGCGGGCACGUGGACAGAUGGACAGGGUGCAGGCGGUGGCAGGCCAUAGCACUGGGCAGGGAGCUCGCAGGGCGCCCCGCCCGCCCGCCCGCCCUGUGACAACAGGGAAGCCAGGCUGGUUACCUCCUCACUACAGUGGGCAGGCAGGUCGACCUCAUACACCAGGGCUUCUCCCCCCUCCCCACACUUGCUGCCCCAGGAAGCAGGGAGGGUCCCGGGCAGGCUGCAAGGUUCAUCCAGGCAGGGAGAGAGGGCCUUCUGCAAACAAGAAGUUCCUUCUGGGUCUCCAGCAGAGGGGUGCUCCUCACCCCGUGUCAUACAUACACUGGGUCUCUACCCACAACCUCCCGGUCUCAGAAAGGGAGCAAAGGGGAUCCGCAGCUCGUCCCUGGGUCCAAAGUGCCCCACCCCCCCCAACUAAUCCAGGUGAAGACCACCCUGACUCCAGACUCCCAGAGGCCUCAGGACUACCAGCCCCGUUCCUGCUGACCUUUCCCCGACCCACCCACCCUCCCUACUAGGAAUCACGCCCGCCCUACUCUGUGCACCCCAGACCAACCUCUCUUCCGUCCCCUCCAGCACAUCUCACAGGGCUGCUGGGAACAGCUGGUGCGUGGCUCACACAAGGGCACCUCGCCCAAGGAGACUCCACAUGCAACCUAGACUUGUAUAUUUAUUACAGCCGUCUGCAUUUCAAGGAAGGGACACCAUCUUCCUAUCCGCACAAAGAUGUCAUGGGGUGUGCUAACAAGGGACCUGUAAAUUCAGGCUCCAUUCGCAAGGACGAUCUUGCCUUCUUCACGUGUCGGGGGUCUCCUGGGGACCAGUGGGAGGGUGACCUGGCUAUAACUGGAAUACCCAAUCCAGCUCCUAUUCUACACACCCCCUCCCCCAGGUCUGGCCUGCACUGCUUGGGGCGGGGCGGGGGAGGGGGUUUAGAUAAGCCCAGAAGUCCUCAAGGCCUGCAGUCCCCUGGCCCCGCAGGCCCCAGGCGUUCCGGAAGGAAGCGGUACUGUAUCUCUCCAAGGCCUGUCUGAGCACUAAGUGCAUUUACAAAUCUCUGAGAAUGUUUUUUUUUAUACUAAAAUUGACCGUUAUAUUCUACUGUGAGAAGUGCGGUCUGUCUGCACUAUAUUGUUUUAAAAACGAAGAGAAAGAAGAAAAAAAAAAGGAAAA